CCUCAGGCUCCGCUAGCUGUGGGAUUCUGACAUCUGAUUCCUGAGGACCGAGGGGCCCGUGCUGCCGCUGCUACUAAGAUCAGCUCCCACCAUGUCUGUGUCUCACAGUUCCAGGCUCAACAAGUCGUUGAGGGAGAAGUACAUGAAGCUGCCCCAGAAGGAUAUGGUCCAGGUUAUGUACAUCUGGAUUGAUGGAACUGGAGAAAAUGUCCGUUGCAAGACGAGGACCCUGAACUAUGAACCCAAAUCUAUUGAAGAGGUCCCAGAAUGGAUUUUUUCUGGUGCAGGCACUUACCAAGCUGAAAGGUCAAACAGCGACAUGUACCUUAUCCCUGUGAAGAUGUUCAGAGACCCAUUCUUCCUUGACCCCAACAAGUUGGUCAUGUGUGAAGCACUCAAGGACAACCGGAAACCAGCAGAAACCAACCUGCGCCACACGUGUAAGCGGAUUAUGGACAUAGUAGCUGACCACAUCCCAUGGUUUGGCAUGGAGCAGGAAUACACCUUAUUCGGAAUCAAUGGACACCCAUAUGGAUGGCCUGAAAAUGGCUUCCAAAAACCAGAAGGACCUUACUACUGUGGUGUUGGAGCUGACAAGGCAUAUGGCCGGGAUAUUGCGGAGAGUCACUAUAAGGCCUGUCUGUAUGCUGGAGUCAAAAUCUGUGGAACAAAUGCGGAAGCUGUGCCAUCCCAGUGGGAGUUCCAGGUUGGCCCUUGUGUAGGGAUAGACAUGGGUGACCAUUUGUGGAUGGCUCGAUUCAUUCUCCAUAGAGUAUGUGAAGAUUUUGGUGUGGUGGCAACCCUUGACCCCAAACCCAUUACUGGAAACUGGGAAGGAUCUGGAUGUCAUACAAACUACAGCACCGCAGACAUGAGGAAGGAGGGCGGCCUAAAACACAUAGAAGAUGCCAUUGACAAACUGGGUAAGCGCCAUGAUUACCAUAUACGUCUCUAUGACCCACAUGAAGGGAGGGAUAACUCUCAACGUCUGACCAGGCUUGAAAAGCUGUCUGGCAUCCAUGGUUUUUCAGCUGGUGUGGCGAACCGCAGCAGCAGUAUUCGAAUUAACCAUCAGGUUGCACAGGAAGGAUUCGGUUACUUCGAAGAUCGUCGGCCGGCUGCCAACUGUGACCCAUAUGCCGUUACUGAAGCCCUUGUGAGGUCAACCAUACUAAACGAGACCGGCAGUGAAACAAAAGACUACUGGAAGAAUUAA